AGCGUGUAGCGCCCUCUUCAGUUCGGUAACGCUGGGGCUCGUGGUCGCACUCGGUGUGUGUGCGAUAGAUCGUCGUCGUAGCUCUUGCAUGCCAGAGCGCGCGAGGUGGGCACCAGGCCCUUCGACUCCUUCCUGCUGCAAUGCCACUCACCCACUUAUGCACUUUUGCAGGAAAGCACAAAUAGCUCAAUAGCACGUGCCGUCCCUCAGUGCCGGUGCUAGUGGACUAACUUAGCUGCGCUCGCGGACGCGCUUAAUUAAGGAUUGCAGGAUAAUUUUAAGACUAAAGUGUCAGUGACUGUGCGGGAAGAAAGAAGAUGUCCUCGCCGUACCGCGAAAUAUUCGUUAUCUCGUUGGUGGCACUUCUAACAACAGCCUCGCAGGAACCCGAAAAUGAAAAAAUCGAUGAAGAUCAUGUGCGAGAGUUCUCUUGUGGGAUGUUGUACUACCGAACGUUCUACGUGGACAGCAAAAGAGAUUCGCUUUACGUUGGAGCAAUGGAUCGUGUCUACCGACUGAACCUCAGCAACAUCAACCAAUCCAGCUGCGAGCGAGAUGCCCUGAAUCUGGAGCCGACGAACGUGGCGAGCUGCGUUUCCAAAGGCAAAUCAGAGCAUUUCGACUGCCGCAACCACAUCCGGGUUAUCCAAUCGAUGGGCGAUGGGAGCCGACUGUACAUUUGUGGGACCAACGCUCACAACCCCAAGGACUGGGUGGUUAACGCGAACUUGACGCAUCUCAGUCGGAACACCUUCGUACCUGGCAUUGGAAUGGGCAUUGCCAAAUGCCCCUACGAUCCAGCUGACAAUUCGACGGCCGUUUGGGUCGAAAGGGGAAACCCCGGAGACUUGCCCGGACUUUAUUCCGGAACCAACGCCGAGUUUACCAAGGCAGACACUGUCAUUUUCCGAACCGAUCUAUACAAUCUCACCACAGGGAGGAAGGAAUUCAGUUUCAAGAGGACGCUCAAGUACGACUCCAAGUGGUUGGACAAACCGAACUUCGUCGGCUCGUUCGAUAUCGGCGAUUACGUUUUGUUCUUCUUCAGAGAGACAGCCGUUGAAUACAUCAACUGCGGCAAGAGCGUCUACUCGCGAGUGGCGCGCGUUUGCAAAAAGGACACCGGAGGAAAGAAUAUCCUCUCGCAAAACUGGGCCACUUAUCUCAAAGCCAGACUCAACUGCUCCAUUCCGGGAGAGUUUCCUUUCUAUUUCAACGAAAUACAGAGCAUAUACAAAGUGCCAGGAGACGACACCAAGUUUUACGGCACCUUCACGACCUCAACCAACGGCUUGAUGGGCUCGGCGAUCUGCUCGUUCACUCUGGACGACAUCCAGCAGGCGUUUAGCGGCAAAUUCAAGGAACAGGCUUCGUCCUCGUCCGCCUGGCUGCCGGUCUUGUCGAAUCGAGUGCCAGAACCGAGGCCUGGAACGUGUGUCAACGAUACGGAAACGCUGCCAGACACCGUCCUCAAUUUUAUAAGAUCGCAUCCACUCAUGGAUUCAGCCGUCAUGCACGAACAUGAGAAGCCCGUUUUUUUCAAGAGAGACGUCUUCUUCACCAGACUGGUGGUCGAUAAAAUCAAAGUGGAUAUCGGGGGCGCAGUCCUGGACUACACCGUCUACUACGCCGGGACAAACGAAGGCCGCGUGCACAAAAUCGUGGAGUGGCAACGCGACACCGACGGCACGUCGUCCAUCCUCCUGGACGUGUUCGACGUGACCCCCGGCGAGCCCAUCCAAGUGAUGGAGAUUUCCAAAGAGAACAAAGCCCUUUACGUCGCCUCCGACUACCGUGUUAAACAAGUGGACCUAGUUAUGUGCAAUCGAAGGUACGACAACUGCCUGCGAUGUGUCCACGACCCUUACUGCGGCUGGGACAAAGACUCCAACGUCUGCAAACCGUACUCACCUGGACUAUUGCAAGACGUUUCCAACAGCACAGUCGACGUGUGCGACAGCAGCGUCGUUAAGAAGAAAAUGAUAGUGACGUGGGGCCAGAGCUUGCACUUGGGGUGCUUUCUGAAGAUGCCGGCGGUUUUGGCCUCGCAGACCAUCACCUGGUACCACUAUUCGAAGGAAAAGGGGCGCUACAAGAUCCAGUACAGGCCGGAUAAGUACAUUGAAACUUCCGAGCACGGCUUGGUGAUCAUUGCCGUGACUGAGGCCGACGCCGGCCGCUAUGACUGCUGGAUGGGGGCUUCCCUGCUGUGUUCGUACAACGUGACAGUGGACGCGCACCGGUGUUCGCCCCCGGCCAAAAGUAACGACUAUCAGAAGAUUUACUCGGACUGGUGUCACGAGUUCGAGAAGUACAAAUCGGCGAUGAAGACUUGGGAGAAGAAGCAAGCUCAAUGCGCUUCGCGCCAGAACGACAGCAACCAGAACAGCCACCCAAAUGAAAUCUACCGGCCACUGGUCUGAUAGCUGAUCCAGCACGGUCCACUUGCGCUUACGUUCUUAGGAAUCCCGUUAUACUGGACUCUCGUUCUCUUUGUGUAAAUAGUACCAAAGUGAAACUACUCAACGAUCAAUCAGUGAAAGUGCCCUGUUUUUGUGAUGGACGAGUGUGAAUGGACAGUGCUUGAAGUUCGCCCUUUGUUGCAUUUGGACGUUUCGAUGUAUAAAAAGUUUUGCUUUCCCGUUUGUUGCGUUACUAUUUUUGAUAUUGCUUUGGAAAAUUCUCUAAAUAUUGUAGGUCUGUGAUAUAUAUGUACUGUAAUUUCAUGGAGGUUUCUUUUAAGGUAUAAUUAAUGCAAAACAAUCAGCUCGAAACUGAUAACUCCGGACCAAAGUGAAUGAACUGCGGUUGAAUUGUAAUUUUAGUGCGUAUUCAAAGCAAUACUUUUCGCUUGCAAAGUGUUGGGCCCUUAAAAUUAUAUAUACCCAUUUGUACAUACGUUCCAGCGCAUUUUUUUAUGUAACCAAAACAGAUCUUUUCGACGAACCGGCAGAAGAUCUGUUAUGUGGAUUUUCAUUCGUAUUUAAGGACAAUCACUUGAACAGAUUAUAUAUUUUCGUUCCGACAUGGAUUCAUUUGCAAGUUACAUGAUAUUGUAAAAAACACAUAUUGUUAUCAUAUUUCAGAAAAUCUUAUAGUACUGUUUGUUUUAAUAAUAUUGUACUCCUGUAAAUACCUAUGUAUAGUUAUUUAUAACAUCUAUGUAAUUUAUACUAUUGUAGAAAUUACAAUAAGACGUUUCCUGUAGCUAUGCUCUAGUUUUAUUUCGUGAUGCAACAAGACUCAGUUUAUUUAGUUCUUUUAUUUCACGACACAAUUUUUUCAAUAGAAAGAUACAUAUCUUUGUCCGCAAUAAUUUAAGAGUAGUUUGACCCGUUCGAUUUAUUGUAAAAUACGUGCUUUACAGCUGAUAAUUUCAUCCAAAAUUGUAGAUAAGUAUUCUUGUUACGAAUUUAAAUAGUAGAGAUUUUCAUAACUAGUAAAACUUUAUUCACUUCUAUGAAGUGAUAUAAAAUAUUAAUAGAAUUAGUUUUUUCUAUUAAUACUUAUAUCAUUAUUUUGGUUCGACAUAGGUUUAGUUACGUAACAACAAAUUCUGUGCAAAUGUGUUUCGUUUCGUGUAUUUUUUGUAAAUACCUACAUUGCCCAUAAGAUUAGUUUACGCUAUAGCAGAUGACAUCCUAAUGUAAAUUGUAAUGGCUAUGUCGCUAUUGCUCUGAAAUUAUUCUCAAUAAAAAUUAUAUAAUAAAAA